AUGCCCGGCCCUACUGCUAAUGCUCUUCGCUCAUACUUGGCCUACAAACCCGAGGCUCUCAAUUUUGGGACAAGCGGCCGCCGUGGCUUAGUGAUUCACUUGACUCAACUGGAAAUCUACACGAAUGUCUUCGCGGAAGUUCGUUAUCUCCAGUCUCUUCAGCCCUCCGAGGGCGGCAUUCAGGCCGGCGACGACUUCUAUUAUGCGCACGAUCUCCGCCCCAGCUCCACCAAGGUUGAGAAUGGUCGCGGCGGCCUCUGCCAGGCAGUCAAGAAGGCCUUAGAGGAUGCGAACAUGCAUCCCAUCAAUCUAGGCGCGAUACCUACGCCUGCACUCACCUAUUUUGCCCUUCAAAACGGCAAGGGCAGCAUCAUGGUCACGGGAAGUCACAUUCCUUUCGACCGCAACGGCUACAAGCUCAAUACAUCAAAAGGGGAGUUGUUAAAAAAACACGAACAGCCCAUUAACAAUGCUGUGUCAAACACUCGCGAGGAGCUUCUUAACAAGCCCUACGACAAAUCUCUAUUUGACAAUCAGGGCAUGUUUCGUAAUGGGCUACCCGACAUUCUGCCUGCCGUGUCUGAAGGAAAAACAGCCUACAUCCAGCGCUACCUGGAUUUCUUCGAGGGCCUAACGCUCCAGGGCAUGAAGCUCCUCGUCUACCAGCAUUCUGCCGUGGGCAGGGAUCUUAUGGUUGAACUUCUCCAGAUGCUUGGCGCUGACGUGACUCCUGCCGGCCGCAGCGAGACUUUCGUGCCGAUUGAUACCGAAGCCAUUGACCAGGACCAGCUCAACACUAUCCAGACUAUCUGCAAUAGAACCGGAAAGACCUUCGACGCAGUGGUGUCGAGCGACGGUGACAGCGACCGUCCGCUCCUCCUUGCUCCCGAAGGAGACAAGCUCCGCUUCUUUAGCGGGGACCUGCUAGGCAUGAUUGUCGCUGAAUACCUGCGUGCUGAUGCCGUCGUCGUCCCGAUCAGCACUAAUGAUGGUAUCGAUCGCGGCCGCUUAGCCCAUAUCACCGAGCCGAAGACGAAGAUUGGCAGUCCUUAUGUAAUCUCUGGUAUGCAGCACGCGGUCUCUAAAGGACGCCAUAGUGUCUGCGGCUGGGAAGCCAAUGGUGGUUUUCUCACUGGAUCCAAUAUCGAACACAACAGCAAGAUACUCAGUGCGCUUCCUACGCGCGAUGCAGUGCUGCCUCUGCUCUGUGCUUUGUUCGCGGCGCGCAACAAACAUUUCACGCUACCGGAACUGUUUACUACACUACCCGACCGUUUCAGCCGCGCCGCGUUGAUUCGCAAUUUCCCUCGCCCGACGAGCAUGAAGAUCAUGGAGCGCUAUUCACCUCCUGAGACUAUCAUGCAGGAGAUCUUAUACGAGACCGAUGAGACCAUCGCCUUUGACCCCAAUCACGCUACUCUUCAAGUAACGAAGCUCCAUGCCCAGCAACUUGGCCAGCUCCGUCAAGAAUUGCAUAGUAUAUUCUCUGCCGAGGCUGGAUUUUCUUCGAUCUCCCGGAUAAAUUUCACCGACGGAGUCCGCAUGAUCUUUGCCAAUGGCGAUGUCGCUCACAUCCGUCCAUCUGGCAACGCAGAUGAGCUUCGUAUCUACUCUGUCUCCAGUAGCCAGGAGCGUGUCGAUGCCAUCAUCUGCCUGGGUAUCGCGGAACCGGAUGGCCUCCUAAGGCGCUUGGAACGCAUGGUAUAA